UACACAACGUACAUAAACACAGAAAGAUGGAAGUUGCUAAAGUUCUUCACAUGAAUGGAGGAACCGGAGACGAUAGCUAUGCAAAACAUUCUCUGCUUCAGCAAAAGGUGAUCCUGAUGGCAAAGCCACUAACAGAUGAAGCUAUAUAUGCUCUCUACAGUAGUCUUUCACCAGAAACCAUAUGCAUUGCAGACUUAGGUUGUUCCUCUGGACCUAACACUUUCUUGCCAGUCUCCCAACUCAUUAAAACAAUUUAUGAAGAAUGCAAAAACAAGGGCCAACAAUCGCCAGAAUUUCACGUUUUCUUGAAUGAUCUUCCUGGCAAUGAUUUUAAUACCAUUUUUCGAUUUUUUCUGCCGACAUUCCACGAAGAUCUGAAGAAACAGAAUGUGGGAGGAGAUGGAUUUGAUCCUCCUAACUGCUUUGUGACAGGAGUUGUUGGUUCAUUCUAUACUAGACUUUUUCCUUUCAAAAGUCUGCAUUUUGUCUACUCCUCUUACGGUAUCCAAUGGCUUUCUCAGGGCUCAACUGAAGAAGAGAAAGUGGAUUCAUUCAACAUUCCUCUAUACUGUCCAUCUCCUGCAGAAGUGAUGUGUGUAAUUGAGAAGGAGGGAUCUUUCACCAUUAAUCUCUUGGAAACUUCAGAGCUCCAUUUAGAUGAUUCUCGUGAAAGUAUGGCACAGUGUGUGAGAGCUUUUGUUGAACCUUUACUUGUCAGUCAUUUUGGUGAUGGUAAUGGUUUGAUGGAUGAUGUGUUCCACAAGUGUAAAGAGAUCUAUGUCAACUGCAUGACAAAAGAAGAUGCUAUGGUCACAAGUGUCAUUGUCUCCUUGACCAAAAUAAAUUAGGCAAUCAUGACUUAUAUGUCGGUAAAAACUUAUCUGCAUCGAAUUUUUAGAUCGAAUCGAUAUAUGCAUGACAUGUGUUUGAUUAUAGAAUUAUUUUAUUCAACAAUAGUUAAGUAACAUCUUUUUUUACUUCAUUAAAUCAUUUGCCAUGAUAAGCUAUAUUAAUUUGUGUGCUAAUGUUACUGGGCCUCGUUGAUCUUGUUCGAGGCAUGUGGAGUUUUCAGUAAAAGUGAG